AUGGAAGCGAUCUAUCUUUUGAGAAAAGUAAUAGAAAAAGGCUACAUUGAUAUGAUUAAGGACAUGUAUAUUGUGGUGACCACUAUUAGAUUGCAGACUGAUGUGCCAUGGUGUAUGCUUUUUGCAGAUGAUACCGUGUUAAUGGAUAAGACUAGAGAAGGAGUUAACAUUAAGUUAGAAACUUGGAGAGAAGCACUUGAAUCUAAAGGAUUUAGGAUAAGUAGAAUUAAGACAGAGUACAUGAAGUAUAAUUUUAGUAACAAUAACAACGGAAACAGAGGACAAGUGAAGAUUGAAAACCAAGAAUUACCUAAGAGUGAACAUUUUCGUUAUCUAGAAUCGAUUAUCACAAUAGCUGGGGAAAUUGGAGCAGAUGUGGUCCAUAGAAUUAAAGUGCGGUGGCUUAAGUACAGGAGUACAUCUGGGGUACUGUGCGAUAACCGUGUAUCCACUAAACUAAAAGGAAAGUUCUAUAGAACAACUAUUAGACCAGUGAUAUUGUAUGGGACGAAAUGUUGGGCAACAAAGAAACAACAUGUAUAUAAGAUGAAUGUUGUUGAGAUGAUGAUGUUAAAGUGGAUGUGUGGCAAGACUAGAAAAAGACAGUGUUAG